AAAAAAACUGCCAACAACUUGUACCAACCAAAAUCCAAAACCCUUGUUAGGAGCUCGGGGAGCAGCAGAAGCCGCACCGCCCGCCCGCUCGCCGGCAACACCAGUCGCCGCCGAUGGGGUUGGACUACUACAAGGUGCUGGGUGUCGGCCGCGGCGCCACGGAGGAAGAGCUCAAGAAGGCCUACCGCCGCCUCGCCAUGAAGUACCAUCCGGAUAAGAACCCCUCGCCGCAGGCCGACACCCUCUUCAAGCAGGUCUCCGAGGCCUACGACGUGCUCAGCGACCCGCAGAAGCGCGCCAUCUACGACCAGUACGGCGAGGAAGGCCUCAAGGCCGGCGUGCCCCCGCCCUCCGCCUCCACGCACGGCCCCGGCGCCGGCCUCCACGGGUUCCGCUUCAACACGAGGAGCGCCGAGGAGAUCUUCUCCGAGUUAUUCGGCGGCGUUCCCCCCGGGUUCCCGAUGUUCGGCGGCGCCGCUGGGCCAGGGGAGGCGUCGAGCGCGCCGGUGCAGAGGAAGGCGCCGCCGAUCGAGCGGCAGCUGGCUUGCACCUUGGAGGACCUGUACAAAGGGGCCACUAAGAAGCUGAAGAUCUCCAGGGAUGUCUUUGACUUCGCCGGGAGACCAAUAAAUCGUGAGGAGAUCCUGACGAUAGAUAUCAAGCCUGGAUGGAAGAAGGGUACAAAGAUCACCUUUCUUGAUAAAGGCAACGAGGCUCGUAAUGUUACACCAUCAGAUCUAAUUUUCAUAAUAGAAGAACGGGCGCACCCCAUGUUCAAGAGGGAUGGGAACAACCUUAUCUACACUCAUAAAAUCUCUCUAGUAGAGGCACUGACAGGCUGCACUGUCCAAGUGACGACUCUGGAUGGACGAACUCUGACUAUUCCUGUGAAGUCAGUUGUGAGUCCUACUUAUGAAGAAGUUGUGCAGGGUGAAGGCAUGCCGAUCACAAAGGAGCCGUCUAGAAAGGGAAACUUGAGGAUCAAGUUCCAGAUCAAGUUCCCCACUAGUCUAACAUGUGACCAAAAGGCGGGGAUCCAACAGCUUCUGUCUUGAAGCUCUCUGUAUAAUGUGAGUCUAUUAGGAGUACUCGUUUGUGGAGUAGUUGUAGUGACAUUAGCUGAAUGAACUGUGACCUUUUUUUCGUGCUAGUAUUGGUGUAUUCUUUUCUAGCUACUGUGCAAGAUUACACCCAUGCUAACCUGCCAGUGGAGUUGCUGCUGUUUUGCGUCAUCCUCAUAUUCAGUUGUGUAAUUCUAGCAGCAUCAGUCUCUCGCGUUAACCAGCGCCUCGUUGUUUCUUUCUAGUUCAUCAUGUUGGGUGGUCAUAGACGCCAUUCAGAUUAUCAGUUGCUAUAUCUUUGUUGGAUGUCCAUGCCACUCUGGCUCAGCAGUGA